ACCCUAUACUAUAUCUCCAAAACUCGGUGGGAACGAGCCUUCUGAGGCCUCGCGAGCGCGUUGAUGGGGUGGCUACAGGGGGGUUGGGGCCGGCCCACUUGGUGGCCCCUUGGCAGCCAAACCCAAAGGGGUGCGCAUCGUAUUUUUUCCGACAAUAAUCCCCCAUUCUCCGUCCCGCAAAAGGGUCCAGCCUCAGCUUAGCGUUGAGCCUCGUAUCCCUGCCGCGUCUCCAACGACCUCAAAUCUAUCUCUAAUGCGCUAGAUAAAUCCGGAGCCUCGCUCGUCUACUCCCUCACUAUUUUGCUAAGGCAUAUUCAUCAAUUGAGCCGCCAUAUCGACAUCGCCGCCUGUCGCGUCGAAAACUAGCCCAGUCGCCAGGAACACAGCCCGACGCCGCCGCGCCGUGGUCGCUGCUGUGAAAAAUCAGCGACAUGAUCUUAUAGCAGAAAGAAUCUGCCGCCGCAGCUAUCACACCAUACUGGCCCAAUCUCGAAGUCGAAUAGCGACCGCUUGGAGGAGGAAGGAGGGGGGAGGAGGGUGAAGGGCCCACGCUCCUAUUUCGCUAAAUUUCAAAGCCCACGGCACAACAAAGGGAUUUCGAGUAGCAAGCCAUGCGCAUACCCAUUCGCCUGCAGCUUGCGCUGCUGGUCCUUUUGACGGCUUUCCUGGCAUUGGCUGCUGUGUCCAUUUCAACCUGGAUAAAUAACUACAACUUCGUUGUCGGCAUCAAAUUGCAAAGCUUGUCCUUGACUGCAUCUCUCAAGGCUGGGCAGGUAGCUGCCAACCUACAACUCGUCGAGUCGACCUGCAGGACUAUUGUGACUCGGAUAGAGAUACAAAAGGCACUACUGAGGUUCUACUACCAGAAUGACAACAGCGCGUCCAACUGGCAGCUGGCUGAAGAAGAUAUCCAGGCGGCUGUUGCUAGUACCGGUUACUCGCAGCUGGUCCAAGUCAGGAUAUUCUCAAAGGACAGGACUGGAGACUCAAAUGGAUUGCUAAACGUCACGGCUGUUGGCGCCGCGGAUAUCCAACUUCCAAUGCAAUAUCCAAAUGGCACGCACAUCAAACUUGGCGACCAGUCACCGGAAGGGCCCACUGGAUUCCCUGAGUCGCUUUAUCCAAAUCUCACAUACUCUAGAACGACUACAGACGGCGUGGUGUCUAGUACCGUCAAAGCUUUUCGUAAAUACAAUCUCAAUGCUUCAACUGCUAUGCUACUGGGACCAUUCCACGUCAACGAAACAUUUUCCUUGGUGUCUAUGACGCUGCCAAUUUUCAACAGCACGUCAAAAGUAGAUAUUUUGGGCUACAUGACUGUGGUUUCCCAAUCCACUCGACUAUUCAAUGUUCGAAAUUCGAGGGAGGGCCUGGAUAGCACCGGCAUGGUUUUGCUUUUGGGGCCAGACACUGGAAUAAACAAAUUCCCUCAAACGAAGACACCGGUCAACGAGGGCCAUACUCCAAAUAGGACCGAUCUCGGCGAGCAGGAUAUGAACUUUAUAUUCCCGCCUAUGCCAAACCAGAAUCAGACCGAUCGGCAUACCAUGCAUAGCUCCUCUACGAACUACGGCGCCAACUUCCAGUUAAAAAAGUACCCUGUAGCGCUUGAAGUAGUUAGCAGCAACAACUCUCAAAUCAACAAUGCCGGAAGCAACUUGAAUACUAUAAAUGAGCAAGGGGUCGAGGUUGCUGUUGGAUACGCCCGUCCUAGAAGUAAUAUAGUGGACUGGGUGCUGAUUGUGGAGGAGUCUAAGGCCGAAGCAUUUGCACCGGUCGAGAAAUUGCGCAAGAUUCUCCUUGGUUGUAUCUUUGGAACUAUUGCACUCAUUUUGGUUGUUGUCGUUCCAACAGCUUAUUACAGCGUUUUGCCCAUUACGAGGCUGAAAGAGGCCACCGAGAAGUCGGUUCAGCCGCCUGGGUAUACACCACGGAAUAGCAUGGGGUCAGAGAUAUCCAUCGAUGGUGAAAUUCGCCCGGGCGACGAAGAAACAGCAAAUACUCAAUCGUCGAGCAAGACAUCGAAACAUGGCAAGGGAUUUGUAAUACGCAUGAGACGCUUUGUGCAUGGCAAACACCGAAAAUCGAAGGAAGAAAAGACGGAAGAAGAACGUCGCCGAGUGUUUAAAGUCCCUGGAAAGGUGCUUGACCCGAGGCAUUUCAUUACUGACGAAUUGACGGAGCUCACCCGCACCUUCAACGAGAUGUCUGAUGAACUGAUGACGCAGUAUACGAAACUUGAGGAAAGAGUCGCCGAACGAACUAGAGAAUUGGAGAUCAGUAAAAAGGCAGCAGAAGCAGCGAAUGAAAGCAAAACGCUCUUUAUUGCGAACAUAUCACACGAAUUGAAAACACCGCUAAAUGGAAUUCUUGGUAUGUGCGCCGUUUGCAUGGGAGAAGACGACUUGCCCAGCAUCAAGCGAUCUCUCCAGGUCGUGUACAAGUCAGGGGAUCUUUUGCUACAUCUACUCAACGAUCUAUUAACAUUCAGUAAAAACCAAAUCGGCCAGUCGAUUACCAUUGAAGAGAAAGAGUUUGUCCUUUCCGAUAUCAAAUCUCAAGUCGUGACCAUUUUCGACAAGCAAGUCAAGGAGGCAAAUAUCAAAUUUGCUGUCCACUUUAUUAGUGCUGAAAAUGGUGAUCUCGGUUCCAAAACGGGCCUGCCAUGGCCGAAAAAGGCUCUUCCUGCCGUGGGUCCAAACGGGACCGGCAGGUUGAAGGACAUGAGGUUAUGGGGGGAUCAGCACCGAAUACUCCAAGUGCUCAUCAAUCUGGUUAGCAACAGCUUAAAGUUCACUCCUGUGGGGGGUAGGGUCAUCGUGAGGAUUAAAUGUAUAGGCGAGAAGGGCGCAGAAGGCAAUGUCAGCAGAAAAGGCUCACUGGCAUCAAAACAAGGAUCGUUGCAACGCUCAUCAAGACAACGUCAUCGCGUUGGUUCUGGAUCGGGAUCAAACGCAUCCACCUCGAGACUACCGUCUAGCCCCAGCAAACCUCUUGGCACCGCUCUACUCAUCAACCCUAUGGAUCCAAAGGCGGCUUUAAGCCACAUUCAUGUUCGCGAACGGUCACCGACUCCCCCACCAGCAAACUCGAAAACGCUCAUUUUCGAGUUCGAGGUUGAAGACACAGGUCCGGGUAUCCCUGCCAGUAUCCAGGACCGCGUCUUUGAGCCGUUCGUUCAAGGCGACUUGGGUCUCAGCAGAAAGUAUGGCGGCACUGGAUUGGGGCUUAGUAUUUGCCAUCAGCUCGCUGGAUUAAUGGGCGGCACCAUCACCCUGGAAAACACGGGCGAAGACCAAGGCACUACAUUCAAUAUGCAAAUUCCUCUAAAGUUUGUUGGGGAGCGGACAUCUAGCACGGCUAGUUCAACUGCUGGGGGGUCUCAAACACCCAGUGUGACUUCACGGGAGGAUUCCAGAAUGGCAAGGUUGUCGCUUGAGAUGCAGUCACAAAGUGCCACGAACAACAACAGCAGUCAGGCUGCAGUGGUCGAGAAAGAUAUUCAGCCUAGACUGGUUGGGCUGAGUCAGCCAUUCUUUGCGUCGGCAGCUUCUAGGGAUGGAGCCACAGAUGAUCAGCUUGCCAUCCUCAAUCGUGUCGCAGCCAAGCCUGGAUCGGGCAAGAUUCGAGUAUUAGUUGCAGAGGAUAACCUGGUAAAUCAGGAAGUCGUCCUUCGCAUGUUAAAACUGGAGGAUAUUUAUGAUGUGACCGUGGCAAAGGAUGGCCAGGAGGCAUAUGAGAAGGUGAAGGCUAGCAUGGAGGAAGGGCUUCAGUUCAAUCUCAUCUUUAUGGAUAUCCAGAUGCCGAACCUCGAUGGUUUACAGAGUACUCGACUGAUACGUCAAAUGGGUUAUUCUGCACCAAUUGUCGCAUUGACGGCAUUUUCAGAGGAGAGCAAUGUCCAAGAGUGCAUGGACUCGGGAAUGGAUAUGUUCCUCAGCAAACCCAUUCGACGCCCUGCCCUCAAGCAGGUUCUCAAGAAAUUCGGGACUAUCCUUGAAGAACCGGAACCAAGCCUGUCGCCACAGAACAAUCCAACCACCGAUGGUCCGACUACUAAUGGCGUAACUAAUGGCAUAGCUGAAAAAACCGACUUACCUUAAUCGGAUACCGCCCCUAUCAGAUCCCCUUUCAAAUUCAAAACUAUAUCAGAAGUCUUCUGAUAGUUGACCCGUGUCGCGGGAGUCUCGCGCGGGCCAGCACCUCGCUUCUUCGACCCAUGGAACUCAUCACGAACGGGCCGUAGGAGAGCCUGCUUAAAUCUUUUAAUCUUCGAAAUCACUACAAAUCCCUUAGGGUCGUCUCAUUUACACGUCUUAGCGCGCUUAGCGACGAUUUUCAUUUGUCAUUCGUCCACGGCGCAGAAAACACUCGGGAUACCGGUUACGGAGGGCUGGUUAAGUUGUGUUUGCGCAACCAGUGUUCAGGAGCAUGAUAGAAAAGCUGCCAUGCUUAUAUAACAACACUUAGCAACCCGGAACGGUUGGGGAAGGCAACAUUGCUGCCAUGUAUGCGGCCUCAUACAUACUCCGCGGAUAAUAAUGGUCUGCAAUUGGUUGUAUAUGGGUGUAUUUAUUUAAUAAGGAAAUCUCGACCGAGGAACAGAUAGCAGUUCAACAUGUAGAUACGAGUAUAGUAUCCUUCGUUGCCUGACCGCCUGAUUUUCUACCUAAUCUACAAUGCGGUUAUCGUGUCACCGGCACGUCGCACCCAAAGGAGCCGCAUAAAUAUCUCUAACUCAUGCUGUAGUACCAUCGGCGUGGUCGCGCGCGUUUUCGAUUGACUACCCUUCAUAUGCAUAUCCAGUGCAGUGUGGAAAAAUCAACAAGGCUACCCAUCUAUUUUCAGAGAGUUGGUAAUAAGUGCCCAUGGAUUAUAUAAAAGGCAGUUUCCUAUAAAAGGAUCAGUUCCGUCAACAAUCCUCUUCAUCAGUUCCAUCAGUUCCGUCAACAAUCGAAACUGCAUUCCAGUGUCCUUCAGUCUCGACAGCAACGUCCGUUUGCGCACUUCUUCUACUUCCUAUUGGAACUUUGCAACGAUGGUCUGCGGAGAUAAAUGUUGGCUACACCGUCUUUGUGGCCACUUUCACACAACUGAUAUUCUUAAAUGUGCAAUUCAUCUGAAUACCACCGAUUCCUGUCCCCCCCCGCGCGAAAGAAUCCCUGAUCCGAGAGACACGACUGACACGUACUGUCCUGCUUGCAAAGGGGAAACACCACCUGAUUCCGAUUAAACACACCGUCAGCUCAUUUCCAAGACUAGCCUCGAGAUAUGUUGGCAGGGAGAGUGGCUGGUGCUUUUUGAGCUGCCUGUAGAUGGAAUUGAAAGGCUAUUCUCAACCCAAGUGCAAAACCGUGCGAGUCAAAUUCGUCUGUUAGCACCUGUCUACCACAAUAGUAUCUUUGAUCAAAGCGCUACCUCUAUACUCAAAAUUACUUGUGCCACCCCAUCUGAGCAUAUGAUUGUAGUACUGCACACCGGCCAUGCACGAGUAAAAUUGACUGAGUAGGAUCAGAAAUGAAGAUAAUGCAUAAUGCUGCAGCUAACUUACGGGUUCCCAUCAUUAUACUUCACUCUCCAACACUGUACAGGAAUUUUUGCCAAGUCCUGGUCUUUAUCCCCAACAUUGAUAUCGAAGACUAUCCAUGCAGAUUUAUUAUCCGGCGAAUCGAUCAAUGCCGGAACAUGGACAUAGUCUUGGUCGGUCAAUUGUCUGUUGAUGUGCUGAUAGAGGUGAUUCUCUUUGGGAUGCUUCGCCAGGCAGGCCAGCAGGGCAUGCAACCGUGAGCGUGAAGUGGUAUGGCGUGCUAAGUGAGUUGCCGUAUGUAUCAAGGCCAUCCCUAACAGCUUGAAGCAGAAGGACAAAGUUUUUUGCUUGGGUAGCAUCCACCGGAUAUUCCCAAUCAAUGUCAAGCCCGUCAGGUUCGAGAUUCCGUACAAGUGAGACUGCAGAUGAGGCAAAGGUGGAGUGACCAGACACAGUCGCAGCUGGAGUCGCAAAGUUUGCUGAAUAGGUCCAACAAAGCCUAGAGUGUUGAUAGGAAAAGAUGCCAGAAAUAGAGGUUUCUUCAUCAAUUCUCUCUAUGGCUAAAAAUAUGGCGUCGGACUCCCCUUGACAGUGUGCGAUGCGCCUUUUCGAAUUUCGCUGCUGGGCUCCUAGGGCUUGCGCUUCAGCUCCGAUCCCGUCUUAUCCUCCUCGGCCCACUAUAUCUGGCAGGAUCUCGUCGUCUAUGAUCGGACAGGCCAGCGGUUGGGUGGAAUACUGUGGCUCAUGAGUCACCUUGAGUUGCUUACAGUGUGCGGCGAAUCACCUCCCG